GGCCGCCCUCCGCAAGGGGGAGGCCGAGGAGGCCCUCAAAUGAUGCCACCAGAGGGGCAGCGAGGGGCCAACUACCCCCCGAGAGGCGGCAUGGGUCCUGGGAAUAGGGGCAGGCUGAACAUGCCUCGGGGAGGAGGCCCAGGUCCAGGUCCAGGUAAGCCUUUCCCAAUCCUGCCAUUACACUCGAGCCCGGACUUCCCCCGGCCGCCACCGAACCAAUACGGAGCGCAGCGAAGCAUGACGAUGCCCAACAGCGUUGCUGCUGGGCGAGGAGUCCCGCAGAGGCCGGCCACAACAACGGGGAACCGGCCCCCGCCGCAGAGGACAUACCCUCAAGACACUCAGGGGUUACCGCCGCAGCGUCAGUACAGCAAUGCGGGAGGUCAUGGUCCGGGUCCCAACGGCUACGGCCCCGGCCCCGGCCAGCAUGUUGACGAUGGAUACGGUGCCCCUUCGUAUAACCAGGCGGUCGACGACCUGUACGACUCUUACUACGACGAGCCGAGCGCCAGCACGACGCACCUCAACCCGCAGGACUCACGGAUGCUGCAGCCGCAUGCCCGCCAGGAAAGCCGCUCCAGCAUGCCCGACUUUGACGCCAUCCCGGCUCACAGCAAACGAGACUCGUUCGAGCAGUCGAUGCGGCCGGGCAACGAGCAGCCGCUUCAGGGGGCUCACCAGACGCCCAAGUUGAGCCACGCUCGAUCCAUGGUAGAGCUUCGCGAGCCGCAGGCGGCCGUCUUCGAGAUGACGAGCGACAUCCCUGCAGUGCCAGCAAUUCCACAAACGCACGCGUAUCAACAGCAGCAACAGCAAGGAUACGGACAAGAUGGGUACGGUUACUCUCAGCCGCCGAUACCUCGAGGCCCGAGUGCGCCCCCUGGCCCGGCUGGGCAACAUCCCGGCUUCGCCAACAGCCGCCCGCCCAUCGUCAGGCCGGGCACAGCCGCUCCCGCGAACCCGGACAGUCUGCCCGCGCAUCCGACGCCGGUGCGGCCGGGCUUGAUGGAGAACUCGAUGGUGAACCCGAAUGCUAAGCCGCCUCCGGUCCGGAACUAUGGAGGAGGUCCUCAGAUGGGACAGCAGCCUCAGACGCGGUAUUCAGGACAAUCGCAACAUUCAGAGCAGCAGCAGCAGCCGUAUCCCCAACAGGCUCCGCCUCCAGUACGGCCAAAGGAAAAGGAGCCCCCGGUCACCCCCGGCGAGCUGGAGCACUUGCGGAUGGUCAUCAAGGGCAACCCCAACGACCAGGGAUCUGCGCUCAAGCUGGCCAAGCGGCUCAUUGAGGCCUCUGAUGUCCUCGUUCCCAACAUUCCCGACGCGAGAGCCAGGUCCAAGGCCCGGGAGCGGUACCUCGCUGACGCCCACAAGAUUCUCAAGAAACUGGUCAGCUCACAGAACCCAGAUGCCAUGUUCAUCAUGGCCGACGGCACUGGCAGGGGCUUGUUCGGCCCCGAUGCCGAUUCCAAGGAGGCCUUUACGCUCUACCAGUCGGCGGCCAAGCUGGGCCACGCCGCCGCUGCGUAUCGUACGGCCGUCUGCUGUGAGAUUGGCCACGAGGAGGGUGGCGGCACGCGCAAGGAUCCCAUGAAGGCCAUCCAGUGGUAUAAGCGUGCGGCGACUCUGGGCGAUCCGCCUGCCAUGUACAAGGUCGGCAUGAUCCUGCUCAAGGGGCUUCUAGGCCAGCCUAAAAACCCGCGAGAGGCGGUUGGGUGGUUGAAGAGGGCGGCCGAGCGGGCAGAUGCGGAAAACCCGCAUGCCCUUCACGAGCUCGGGCUGCUGUACGAAUCAGCCCAGGGCAACGAUGUCAUCAUCCGCGACGAGCAGUACGCCCUGUCUCUGUUCCAGCAAGCGGCCGAGAUUGGCUACAAGUUUUCGCAGUUCCGGCUGGGCUGUGCCUACGAAUACGGGCUGCUGGGUUGCCCAAUCGACCCCAGACUGUCCAUCGUCUGGUACUCGAGGGCAGCUCAGCAGGAGGAGCAUCAGUCCGAGCUGGCCCUGAGCGGCUGGUAUCUGACCGGUAGCGAGGGCGUCCUGGGCCAGAGCGAUACCGAGGCGUACCUGUGGGCGAGGAAAGCUGCUGUUGCCGGACUGGCCAAGGCAGAGUACGCAAUGGGGUACUUUACAGAGGUGGGAAUAGGCGUCCCGGCCAACCUGGAAGAUGCCAAGCGGUGGUAUUGGCGAGCAGCCGCCCAGGACUUCCCCAAGGCUCGAGAACGGCUGGAGGACCUGAAGCGAUCCGGAAAAGAGAAAGCUCGUCCGAGGGAGCGUAUCUCGCGAAGUCGCAUCGAAAAGCAAGACGGAGACUGUGUGUUGAUGUAGAGAUGAUCAGCUUCCUUCUUCCUUCUUCUUUCUUCUCUGCUCUUCUUCCCCUUCCUGUUGAGCUUGGUCUUCUUCUUGUGUAUUGUAGGGGAAUAGACG